AUGGAGCCCUGGCUAUCUGGGAACAGGAUCGAGAGUAGGGGUUCAAUAACCUUAAGUUUAAUAAUUGAAUGUUUAGUUGGUGGGACAACCGAUGGUGAAGGAGAGGACGAAGAAGAUGUAGAGAUAAGAGAGGACAAUAGAGAUGAACAAGCAGAGACGCAACCCAACACCGAUGUGGAUAAGAGAGCAGCUUGCAUUAUCAGUCAAAUUGAAAGAAACUCCACUCUAAUGACCAAUGACCCAUUGGCUGAACAACUAAGAAUAGAAACGCUAAAAGAGUUGACGCAGAGUUUGAGUGUAAAACGAACGGUGAGAGCAAAAUUGGUUCAAACUGUGAGCCAAAAAAAUAAAGUUCAUCCAAUUGGCUUUUUCAGGAGACUCAAGUAUCGUUUGAGUAUCGUUUUUACUAGGAUAAGAAUGUGGAUUCAUGAUUUAGUUUACGGCUAUGAGCUAUGGUACGGCAGUCUGAAAACAAUAGAAGGGCAUUUCGGCAGCGAUGUCGCUUCUUAUUUCAAGUUUCUACGGUGGCUUUUCCUUUAUAACUGUUUUGUUUUCAUUAUGAGCUUUAUAUUCGUCAUUAUACCUCAGGGCAUCUAUGUUGAGAAAUAUAAAAGGAAUGGAGUAGCACACGUUGACAAUAUCCUCACUUCAGUUUCUGACGUCAUGAGCAGUUCAAUAAACACACCUUCGAAAAACUUGUCACAAUUCUCACUUUCUGACUUCAUUACUGGAGAGGGAUUCUUUACAAACUCAACAAUGUAUUAUGGAUUUUAUACUGACCAGAGUCUAAAAAUUGGCUCUUUCAUUUAUUCUAUUCCGACGGCAUACUUUUUUACUGCCUUCUUCUCCUACUUAUUCGUCUUCAUAACACUAUCAAUUAGGAUGGCAAGGUCAUAUCGUAAAAGUUUCAUUGAAACUUCAGGUGGUGUAAAAAACGUCUAUGCGCUAAAAAUAAUCUGUGCAUGGGAUUUCAGUAUUGCAGACGAAAAUGCUGCUAAACUAAAAUCAGAGACACUAGCGCGUGAACUGAAGGAAAUGUUGACCGAUGACCUGAAAUCGUCGUACCAGAAGUCGAAAUCGAUGCGGCGCGUGUACAUAGUGGUGGUGCGUUGUGUUGUGAAUGUGCUGUUCUUUGUGAUGCUGGGAGGCACGGGCGUUCUAGUCUACACUCUCCUCAAUCGGCUGCUGCUCAACAAACUCAACAGUCACACCUCGGGCCUUGUCACAGCCAUCAUACCUGGCAAGUAUGCUCCAAAGUUGAGUUCUUCGGUGAAUGGCAUUGAUGGAGAUGAUGAGAGUGAGCGUGAUUGGCAGGUGGAUCCGAUCUUCAUGUCGUUCGUAGUCACCUUCCUGCUCAUCAUAAUGCCAUUGCUCUUCUCUUGGAUUGUCAGGUUUGAGAGGUACAAUGAUCCACGCACAUCGCUGUAUAUAACCAUGGUUAGGACAUUUGUUUUGGAAUGUGUAGUUGUAGCUGUACUUGUGAUAUUGUUAGGAAGGAGCUCUUCAAAGUGCUGGGAAACUUCACUGGGCCAAGCUGUCUAUAGGUUAAUUCUUAUGGAUUUCUUACUCAGUGGAGUAGCUUUAACAUGUGUCGAAUUUCUACGUAGUAUUCUUCAAAGGCAUAUUUGCAAGGAACUGCUUCUAGCGGCUGAAUUCGAUAUAGCCAGAAACACAUUAAAUCUAAUUUACAACCAAACAUUGUUCUGGGUCGGCUUCUAUUUCAGUCCACCAUUAUCAUUAGUAAUAGUACUCAAACUGUUCUUGAGUUUUCAUGUGAAAAAGGUCAGUCUAUUGUAUAAUUGUGCUCCUUCAUCAAGUAGUAACUGGAGAUCGGCUCAAGCUCAAACGCUAUUUUUGGUUUUAUCUUUUAUAUCACUGUUGGCUGUUCUAAUGAAUCUUGGCUACAUCAUUACUUCAGUGAAAACAUCAGACUGCGGUCCGUUGAAAGGAUCUGUUUACAUGUAUGAAAGGAUUCUAGAGGGCGUUUUUCAACUACGUCAUGGCAAUGACUUUUGGGCAUUCAUAAUGUUUCUUAGAAAACCGGGAGUAGUUGCUGGUUUACUUUUAUCUAUGUGCGGUGGCGUUUAUUAUCUUCGAGAGAAAUCGUUGGCACAAAUGAAAAUGGUUGAAAUUCUGCGAGGCAUGUUGGUGGCGGAGUCCAAGGACAAGGAGUUUCUGCUGACGCAGAUCUCGUUGCUGACGGGCGGUCGCAAGUCGAGACCCGGCAGUCAGCCGCAACAACGCAAGACGCCAAUGCCAUCGCCUGGUUUCUUCAUCCAACAUCAAAAUAGUUUUAGACAAUGAAGCCAUUUUAUAACUAAUAGUGAUUUUCGAAUUCGUAAUAGUUUUACAAUUUUAUAGCUGUUAACAACGAAUCUCGUAUUGCCAAAGCUUUUAGUUAGUGAUCUAACUCAUUGAUUUCAAUUGUGCUUAAAACUUAGAACUUUGUAACUUUAGACGUUUUCAAUAAUAAUAUAGCUAGUGAGAAAUUUUAUAUUUUAUAACUAAAAGUAGCCUAGCUGAACUUCUUAUACAACUUACUAUGUAUUCAGAAAAGUAUAUUCUUCUCAUGUUGUAACAUCUUCAUUCAACUUGAUCUUGACAUAAUUUUUUAUAUUAGGAUAAAAAGAAGUAAUAAUCUCAUGACAUUCAUUGAUAUUUUCUCAAACUCGAAGAUCUUGAAAAUGAUCAGUAUUAAACGUACUUUCUUAAAAACUAAUAAUAAAGAAGUUAUUUAUACGGAAUGUGAAUUUAGGAAAAAUAUAUUUAUGAUAAUACGUACUUAGUGUUCUAAAGCAGAUUGACUAGAUUUGCAUUAUUAUAAAUAAUAGUAUUUUCCAUAUUCUUUUAGUUUUUUUGAGACCUCUUUUUUGUUUACUGAAUAAACGUUUUUCCCCUUAGACGAAUUAGCAAAUGAAUUGACUGGGAUGAUCUCUGAUAGCUGGCGUACGGUAUUCUUUUAUAUAUAUUUUAGAAUUUUUGAAAUGAAACCGUAAUUUAAAUUUGUGCCUUUCAACCUUCUUAAGUUCUAGAUCGGCCAAGAUUGAAAAAUGUGAUAUAAUAAUACUAUUAGAAACAAAAGUUGACAUUAUUGCAACAAUUUCAACAGAAUAAUUUAGAUUUAAUAAUAUAAGUUGAGUAUGCUCGUAUUUUUCAUAAUCUAGUAUAAAUGAUUUUCUUUCAAUUUCAAAGUGGUUCUAUCUAGUUCUUGAAAAUUUUAAGAAUUUGCUCAAUAUGAAUGGAGAAAGAUACAUCAUGAUGUAAUUUAAUAAUCUGUGAUUUUAACUUUUUAUUAUAGAGGUUGUAAUAGUUGAUAUUAUUGUAAGCUCUCCUAACAUUAAUGCUUUGUAAAAUCGUAUCUUCACGAAUCUAACGAAUUAUUUUUCUUUGUAAGAGAGAUAAAUGAUUUGAUGCAUGCUGGUCAUAUUGUUUUCAUUAGUCAAUACAGUAUUAUUGUCAAACCUUAGCAGAUUGGAAUUUUAUUGUUUGAAGUUAUAUUAAAAGAUCUGAAAUGUGAUACUAUCAA